AAACUGACAAGUGUUUAUUUUGAUUCCAAUUGACACUUCAAAUGUUAACACGGCAUGAGAGAGCUGAAAAUAUACUCAGAAAGGUGACUCCACCAAUAAGAGGCGUGGCUAACUACAUCAGCCAAUCAGAGGCGAGCAUUUCAACAACCAAUCACAGCACGUCUUCAGAAAUUCGGUCCAAUUGCAGUAUAAGCAUAAUUGCAUAAUCCCAAAAGCUAGAAGUUUUAGGAAUCAUCGGUGUACUGUGUGAUAUAAUUUAUAAAACAGUCAAAAAAAUAAAUUGAUCUUCAAUAACUGCCAGAAACUGUUGGAAAAUAGUGGAAAAGUGUAGAAAAAUAGUGGAAAAGUAGUGGAAAAGUAGUGAAAAAUAGUGAAAAUGACUUGGUCGUGGUCUUGGACUGAUCAUAGUUACGGGGGCCCAGUUUUGUAUGACUAUCCCAAUAGAACUCCAGUUACGGGGGAUGUGCAGUCCAUAUUUGUAUGUUUAGUCUUUUCCACAGUUUUUGUCGCCUUCUUGAUCAUCUUCCCUGGAAUCAGAAAAGAGAGAUUAACAACAUUCACAACAGUGACCCUCAGUUUAUUCGUUGGAAAUGCGAUAAUGUUGACGAAGAUAGGGUCGGGAUGGCAUAUAGCGUCAACAGAAAUCCUAAGCACAUACAGGGCCUUCUCAAAAGAGCUGGUACAAGCUCAGCUAGGGGCCUAUAUUGGUUUAGCACAUGUGAAUAUCACUUUAAAAGGUCUGUCAGGCAGUGAGGACAUCGACUUCAACGAGCGUUUCACGUGGUUGGGCUCCACUGAGAUGGGAGAGAGCUACCAUGAGGCCCUACACAGGGGGCUGCCCUUCCCCAUCCUCACUGUGGCCGAGCAUUUCAGUUUGGGCGAAGAGGGCUUCAACUGGGGAGGUCAAUACAGAGCGGCUGGCUAUUAUGGAUCCGUACUACUAUGGGCUUCGCUGGCAUGUUGGCUCCUGAUGAACCUGAUGUUGGUGGUCGUUCCCAGGUACGGCGCCUACCUCAUGACCCUGACAGGCUUCCUCAUGCUAUCAGCCGCCGUCACCUACCACUGCCUCCUCCCCUCCUCGCCACUCCUCAUCCGCUUCCAGCACAAUCGCCAACUUAGCUUCACGUUCGGAUGGUGCUACUACCUCGUCAUUUUCGCUGGUGCAAUUUGUCUACUAGUGGGUCUCAUCAUAUCCACCGUUGACAUGAUCUAUCCAAAUGUAUUUUCGACAAUAUUGGAAGUGGACUAUGAUACGCCUUACGACAGACAUGUCAUCAUAGAGGAGAGUCAUCAUAAAACGAAAUACUGGAACAAAGGUUUGGAAGAACCACCUGGUCUUGGAACUAGAAUACUCAGACGUCUUUCGUCGAAAAAGGACGACGUCGACCGCAGUUUGAGGAGCCGCAACGGCGUGGAUAACCGCGGAUUCGAGUUGGAUCACAGCUCCGGCACGCCCAAGAACACAGCCUGGCGAGGUGGAACCACUGCCGCCAUGGUCACCCAUCCACCGCCGAUCCAUCGGCCCGUGUUGCAGGCGGCGUUCAGACGCACAGAUUCGGCCAGCAGUAAUGCAAGCAGCCUCCGGGUGGACUUCAGGCAGAUGGACAACCACAAUCCGGCUGUUAGGAAUGAUGGAAUACAAGAGCACCGUAUGAAGGACCUGACGAUGUACUAGAAACUGGAAUAGAGGAGCAACAAAGAAGACUAUCUGAUAAAUAUAUCGAUGAUAGAGGUAUUCACAAUGUUGUUCUAGCCAUUUGAUAACUCUGGAUUGUGAACGCCCCAUCUAAAAUCAUCUGCUAUUAGCUAACUGCAGUAGUGAUUGAAGCGGAUAAUUUGUGUAACUUAAAAUUAGUUUGAAAAAGUAAGAUUAUAAACAUAUGGCUGCCGCUUUAACAGAGAUAGCUAGAGUUUCCAGACUCAAACCUGCGCUAUCUGCCACCUCGUCUGUUAAUUUUUUUCCAACGUACCACUAUAGCAUUGAGUUAACACAGACUUAGCAAAUAGCUGGAGUUAGGGAAUAGCUCGACUUAGCCAGCUAUAUCCAACAUUGUGAAUACCCCUAAUGAUAAUAAUAAAUUGAAACAUUAUUGAUAUUAGAAAGAGGAAACAUGAAUUCCAGAUAUUUCUGGUGCUAUCUUUUCGAUCAUACGAUUUUUAAUUCAGUGCUUAGUAGUUCUAUUCUCAAAAAUAUUUAUUUUUCAAAAUUAUCAUUUUUUUUUCAAUUGUCAGUUGUUGAUGACUUGUUAAUAUUAUUCUAAGGGCCGGUUUCCGAGCUCGGGAUUUGGCUAAGUUCUAGACUUAGAACAGGUGAGUCAGAAAAUUGGCUCUCUGAAACGGGGCGUAGACGUAGUCCACGUUUAAAUUAAAUCUCGAAAAACUAGAAAAUUUAACUCAGAAUAAAAAAGAGAGUGAAUAGUGUGAAGUUUCAGCUAUUUUUUUGAAUGUUUCAUUUCGUCAAGAAAAAACAUUUCCAUUCAUAGAAAUUAGAGAACGAAGAUUAUCAUAAAACUACGUCUCUACGCCCCGUUUCGGAAAGCCAAUUUUCUGACUGCAGCUGUUUAAAGUCUAGAACUUAGCUGAAUCCCCAGCUCGGAAACCGGCUCAUAGGAUUUUUGAGAGUAUCUCACUAUCAAGUAAAAACAAAUUUCAAUGUAAUAGAUAGCCUUCAGUAAAUAAUAAACAAAUCCAAUUUCAUUGAAUAUUUUGCAAGACAAGUCUUCCAAAGUAAAGGUAUUGAAAAUUCAUAAAAAAGAAUUGUAGUACGCCCUUUGAAAUUGAUAAAAUGAUAGUAUAAAAAUACAUAUUAUAGCUACUAGAUUCAGUGAUCACACCAUCAUUUAUACUUGAAUGAACUUUAAAAAUCUAAAAUAAUGGAUAAUAUAAACCCACUAGAACAAAGGAAAUCUAUUCUUAUAACCUGACGAUUGUGUGAUCACCAAAACUAGUAGUUAUAAUAAUUGUAUUUUUAUUCUAUUAUUUUAUUAAUUUCAAAAGGUACUACAGUUCUAUUUUAUAAAUACAAGAAAGUAGCCCUGAAUUCAUACAUUACAAGAAGGUAUUGAAAAUAAUGUUUCAUUUCCUCAUUGCAUAAUAAUAAGCAAUUGAUAAAUGUAAGCAAUGGUAACUAUUAUAAUUAUGCCAUGCUGAGAGUGAUAUAUGGAUUUCCUAAUGUAUUAUAUUAUUAUAUUUUAAUGAUAGGUAUAGUCUCGAAAUAAAUAAUGUGAUAUAUAUUAUUGUAUUCUUAUUUUGUAUUGUAGGUACUGUUAUGAAAAUUAUUCUCUUCUUUGAAUUUAAUUUUGGUUAUCUUAACAUUUAAAUAAAUAAAUAGCCUAUUUUAUAAAUGAAAUAUAAAUUUUGAAGUUUCAGAGUUUUUUAGUGUGUAUAGUGUAGGUGUUCUAUAUAGUAUGGUGUAGAACUUGAAAUACACAAACACAAUACCCUCAUGCUGAAUAAUACUACAUUAUUCCAAUCAAAUCAUGGAAUACCUGUAUAUCAUAAUACAGUAAACUGUUAUUCUAAUAAAUAAUGAAUUAAAGUCAGUAUUUUCUCCUACUUAUUGCUUUGGAAUAUUGUGGAUAAUAUUGUUAAUCUGAUUGGAAUCAUUGAAUUCACAUGGUUAUUGUGUAUGACUUGAUACUUGCCAUAUAAUAAUUAAUUUAUUGUAUAAAGUCUAUUCUAUCUUUGCUCCUAAACUUGUAUUAUAUUUUGUUUUAAUCUCAUUUUAUUUCAGAUGUAAGAAAAAUUGUAAUUUAGUGUGGAGUAUGAUGAGUAAAUAAAUUGUUAGUGAUAUGAGAGCAGA